UCUGGAGCAGCAAACUCAGCCCAUUUUAGGGAUUCUGCAGGGUUGCUGCAUUUGAGAUGGAAUACGGACAUUGGAUGGAAGAACAAAACAGACAAAUAUGUGAACUCAGGACCGCUUUGAAUGCCCAUAUAAGCGAUAUAGAGCUUGGCAUACUUGUGGAAAGUGGCCUGGGCCACUAUUCUGAACUUUUCCGCCUGAAAUCAACUGCUGCAAAGGCUGAUGUUUUCUAUGUGAUGUCUGGCAUGUGGAAAACAUCAGGCGAGCAAUUUUUCUCAUGGAUUGGAGGGUUUCGCCCUUCAGAACUUCUUAAGGUGCUUGUGACUCAGCUUGACUCCUUGACAGAACAUCAAUUCUUGGAAGUUUGUAACCUGAAACAAUCAUGUCAGCAGGCAGAAGACGCGCUUUCGCAAGGUAUGGAGAAACUCCAGGAAACUGUGUCUGCAACUGUAGCAGCUGGUCAACUGGGCGAAGGUAUUUACAUUCCUCAGGUGGCUACUGCAAUGGAAAAGUUAGAAGCUCUAGUCAGCUUUGUGAACCAGGCGGACCACCUUCAGCAGGAAACACUGAAUCAGAUGUCUCGCAUCCUAACAACUCGCCAGGCAGCUCGAGGCUUACUUGCUUUGGGAGAAUACUUCCAACGUCUUCGGGCUCUAAGUACACUAUGGGCUACCCGUCCUCGUGAGCCUGCCUAGCCUUGGAAGAUCAUACAUGAAUGAUGGUAGAUGAUCACUGCAAGAACAGUGUUCCUGCAUACAGAACAAAGUUGCCUUUUGGUAGAUGUCAUUAUAAACAUAAUUAGCAUCAAUUAUGCUGCCGAUAUUUUUUGAAGCAGCUUUUGGAAACCUGAGAUCUGAGAUGUUGUACAUGUAAGUAGUUAUUUUACCUAGGGGAAGGUUGUGAUUAAAUCAAUUUUCUAUGAUGUGUUGUGCAUUAUAUAUACUCUUGAAAGGAGAUACAUAUAUAGGUUCUACAUUUGAGUUUACA